GUGGACUCCCCAUUGCCAGCUCCACCGGUUUGGUCUAUCUUGAACUCCAGUCUUUUUUCUCUUUUCUUUUCUUUUUUUCUUUUCUGUUCAACUUUGUCUCGAAUUAGCCGGGCCUUACGCGACAAUUGAAACUGCGUGUGUGGUGACGGUCUACCACCGUCAUGGGCUGCGACUGUCCUGCCCUCCAGACAGAUACCGAACAGAACCUCAGGCCCUGACAAUCAUCUCGGAAACUAAUAAAGCCCGCGGAUCGCCGUUCAACUGAGGAGAUAGUUUCCCGGCAAUCAUCUCCUAAGCCUCUGUGCAGACAAAAAAUAGGACCGGCCAGAGAAGAGAAGUCGGCGCAUGUUUUAACAUGAAUGUUGCUGCGUCUCUGGAUUUACGGUGCACCUCCCCACUUGAUUCGACCUUCCGCAGAACUCCAACAGCGAGACAUGCUCGUGCGUUGGCGCUUCUUGUCGCCGUACCUUUCCCGUCAUGCUGAACCCUACUUCCCCGGCUUCGCCGACCUCCAUAGGGAGGAAACGACCACGCCCGCCUACUGAGCCUUCUUCAAUCCACCCUGAGUCGCUGGCGCAAUCUCAUCAGCAUACACCGGCAAACCUUUCCUCCGCCGCCCCCGCCUCGAAUUCCUCCUCAUUCCGCAAUGUGUCGGCCUGCAACCGUUGCCGCCUGCGCAAGAACCGCUGCGACCAACGGCUUCCUCGAUGUCAGUCCUGCGAAAAAGCCGGCGUCCGAUGUGUCGGAUAUGAUCCCAUCACCAAGAGGGAGAUCCCACGGAGCUAUGUAUACUUCCUGGAGGCUCGCGUGACAUACCUGGAGAAGGUACUGAUGGAACAUCAAAUCGAUUAUAAGGGAGCAGUAGCUUUCGAUGAAGAAGAAGCGGUUAAGGUGGAAGCGGGUCAUGAUCCUGCUCAGACAAAAAUGGCUGGCUCGGACGCGCCUGCAGGUGCUGAAGUGCUGACAUCUGACGGGAGCGACAAACUGAUGCGAAUGAAAGGGGAGAAAGAAGGCUCGGUAUCGAGAGCAGACAAACAUAAAGAGAACGGGCAAGACGCGGAGGACAACGCGGAUCCCGAAAAAGAAGAUAACUGGAGAAUACAUAACUUGGUAUCAAAUAUUGGCAUGGUGUCGGUCCAAGGAACCUCUGAUCCUCGGUAUUUAGGAUCAACAUCUGGCAUUUCUUUUGCCCGGGUCGUGUUUGCUGCAGUGAAAAGCUCUGUCCCAGGAAAUGCAUCGGAGCGAGGUCCCAUGCGCCCAAGCGAACGCCUACCCCAUAGCGCUACUGGUACAGCUGGGAGCACGGGGCGUGAUUCUUUCUUCGGUCUUCAGACGAGACCGAUGAUGAAAUGCGCCGCCUUUCCAGAGCGGGAACUGGCUGAGAAGCUUGUCGGCCUCUAUUUCGAACAUGCUAAUCCUCAGAUACCCAUUCUCCAUCGCAAUGAUUUUAUGGAACUACUUGAUCGCACUUACUCGGUUGAUGAAAAAAGCCGCUCUCCUCGCAGUCUUUACAUGCUCAACAUUGUCUUCGCUAUUGGUGCUGGUAUUAUAUUCGAGGAUAAGCCAGGGGACGAGAAAGGAAACGGGCGCGACCAUUCGCCGUCCACAUCGAAGAGGCCCCGACUGUCAAAUCAUCAAUACCAACCCGAGGAGUACCAUGCCUCGGCAAUCAUUCACUUAGAGUCCUUCGUUGGUGCUCCUUCUACAAACGACGGUUUUGGAGCGUUAGAGGAGCUACAGGCAGUGCUUCUCCUCGCCAAUUUUGCCCUGCUACGGCCCGUUGCGCCUGGACUAUGGUAUAUUGUUGGCGUUGCGAUGCGGCUGGCUGUUGACCUUGGUCUACAUUACGAAGAUGGAACAGGCAUUGAUACAUUGGCGGAUGAGAGUCUUGACCAUCCACAACGGAAAGCCGAAGAUAGGGACAAGCCGCGUAUUGAUACCCGUGAGCGAGGGCGUCGGGAGUGGGUUCGUGAUCUUCGCCGGCGCUUGUGGUGGUGUGUCUAUAGUUUCGACCGCCUGGUUAGUUGCUGUGUUGGCCGCCCUUUUGGGAUCAGCGACCAGGCUAUUAGCACUGAGUUUCCGUCCUUGUUGGAGGAUCAAUACAUCACCAAGUCAGGGAUCGUGAUGCCCCCAGAAGGCGCUCCGAGCUAUAAACAUGCAGCACAUCAUUACUUUAAGCUAAGAGUGCUUCAGUCUGAGAUUCAAGAUGUUCUACAACAUCAGCAAUCACGAUUUGCGAAGAACAAGGUGCCUUAUGCGGCAAGGAGAUUUACGCGAUCUGAUCUCAUAUCCCCAUUCCUGCAGGGCUUUGACUCAUUCCGCUCCUGGCGCAAGGAUAUUCACCGGCGAUUGAUUGAAUGGCAGCAGACUGCUCCGACGAAGCGAGACACAGGCGUGCAAUUCUCUGUGGAGUUUCUCGAAUUGAACUAUUGGCAAGCUGUCAUCAUGCUGUACCAACAGAGCCUAACUGUUCCCGCCGAGUUAGCAGAUGAAGUUACACCCGCUGAAGAUGUCUCCAGUCCUUCUUUCUCUAAUGUAGACGAAGCCGAUGAUGAAGACGAUAUCUAUUAUAAAGUGGCCGAAGCAGGACAAAAGGUUAUUCGAAUAUACCGUCAAAUGCAUCGUGUGCGCUUGGUGAAUUACACGUAUCUCGCUACACACCACAUCUUCAUGGCAGGUAUUUCGUUUCUAUAUGCAAUCUGGCAUUCGCCCGUGGUUAGAAGUCGCUUGACACUAGACGAAGUGGACUUCACAGUGCUUGCUGCCACGUCUGUCUUGGGAGAUUUAGUGCACAAAUGUCCGCCUGCAGAAGCCUGUCGCGAUGCGUUUGAGCGGAUGAGUAAAGCCACGGUGCAGAUGUCUUUAUCUACCACUGGAUUUGGAUCGCAGGUCGACUUGACUCGGUUCCAAGCAAAUGCCGUAAUAAAUCAGCACGCCAAUGCAAUCUAUGCUGGUCGAAAUAGACAGAAUGGCCGCUAUACAAUGGAUCAACGACAGAGGGCUCCCCCUGGCCAAUCUAGACGGCAAACGCAGACGCGGUCGACACGACCAGUUCCGAGAUUCGAUAUGAAUCUUGGUGAUCUUUUCAGCGAUAAUUCUGUCCCUGAGCGGCAAGGCACAAGGCGAUCGGUGCAGUCUUACUCAGGCCGACCGGAAUUCUCUGACGUCUCCACCUCUACUUUCGCCUCGGAGCGACCAAACCGGACUCAGCGAACACCAUCCAUGGAGUACUAUGGGAACUACGAGAGCCCCGUCUCUCCACAGACACAGCAACAGUACGUUUAUGGUAACUCUCCACAGCAGAGUGGGUCACCUAGCAGCGUUACUGCCAAUCCUAGCCAUCAUCAAUUCCAACCAACAGACCAAGAGGUCUCAUCAACCGGAAUUAGCCUGGAUUUCCUAGACUUCGACGUAGCCGGUGCAGAGGGCCAAGUCCCUCUAGGGUCUGACGAAAACCCCGAUUAUGAUUUACAGGCAGUACCCUCGUUAGGACACGGGGCUGGGCAUAGUGUUGGAAUCGACCUGGGUUUCGGCAUGGCAGUCGACUUUCAACACGACUGGAGUGAGAAUGCCAACUAUGAUCUUCUUGAAGGAUACUUCUUUGGGGGCUCGGGAGCCGGUCCAUCCGCUGAUGGCUAAGGUAGGGUUGAGCUUGAUCUGUGUACUUGCUCAAAUUCCACAGUUUGUUUGUUUAUAUUUGGCUACUUUCCCUUGUCACUGAUCGGCAAGUCUCCCGACACCGGAAUGGAAAUGCUCUUACGAGGCAGAUCCUCUUUGUUAUAUUUUCAAUGAUGGUUGGAUCUUGGAUAUAUGUGUUUAUGCCGUAUAUAGUUUUUUUUUUUCUUUGUUUCGCUUCUUUUUUCUCUCUUUUCUUAUUGUGCUGCAUUCUUCUUCCUGGAUAUCCUGUCUGCCAAGGCCCAAUGAGCGUGAAGAAAUACCAAAUAAUUUCCGAAUAAAUAUGGACCUGUCGUGGGGUAGAGAUAA